AUGAUGAAUGUCAUACGUGAAAGAAACAGGAACUUCGACCUGAGUGAUUCGUAUGAAGGGCGGAGUCCUGCGGAGACGCACAGCAGCAACCUCGUGAGUGGCAGCCACCAUGUGGGUAGCGGCAACCCCGUGAGUACCGCCAACUCCGUGAGUAGCGCCAACCCCGUGAGUAGCGCCAACCCCGUGAGUAGCGCCAACCCCGUGAGUAGCGCCAACCCCGUGAGUAGCGCCAACCCCGUGAGUAGCGCCAACCCCGUGGGUAGCGCCAACGAGGCGAGCGUGGACAUCAGCAGCGAGCGGUACAUCAUUUGGAGGAGGAACACGCCAUUCCUGUACAACGUGCUAUUGAGGAACAAGCUGGAGUGGCCCUCCCUGACGGUCGAGUUUAUAGGCAUCGAUAACUCCUUCAAAGCUAAAACGAACUAUUUUACAAAUAAAAUCCUCCUCGGAACACAUACGUCAAAUCAGGAUGCAGAAUACGUGUAUAUUGGGGAGGUAAAGGCUCCACUGUACUCUACAAAGGAAGACGUUUUGCAGUUUGAAAACUACACAGGGUUUAUUAAUAACAAAAAGAAGAAAAAGGGACACCCACUCCCUUCCUUUGAAGUAAAGGCGAAGUUACUCCACCCAGGGGAAGUCAUAAGAGCCACUCACCUACCAAGCAACUCGUUUUUUAUUGUCACUCAGACGUGCAAUGGGAAUAUAUUGCUCUUUGAUUAUACAAAGCAUCCUUCGUUCCCCUCGGACACGUCUACAUGCUACCCUCAGAUGAUCCUAAAGGGGCACAGUAGUGAAGGGAGUGGUCUAUGUUGGAACAUUAAUCGGGUUUAUGAUAGCUGCGCCAAGCAAAGCGCUGCGUUUAGGGAGGAGGUCGAGCCUGACGCGAGGGAGGCGGCGGAGGCGGCAGACGGGACAGACGGGGCAGAUGGGACAGACGCGGCAGGCGCGAAGGAAGCAAACGAAGGAGAAAGCAGCGAUGAAGUCCUUGCUGAUGUAAACACGAGCAACUUGCUCCUCGCCUCGUGCGCAUCGGAUGGAAGCAUAUGCCUCUGGGAUAUAAACAAAGGAACGAAGAGCAACGAAGUGCCAAGAACGUACGGAAUUAACAAAACCGGAAAGGUUGCAGAUUACAAUUUGAAAAUUUACGAAAAUACACCCACCUUGAGUCCUCUCUGUACAUGGAUACAUAAAAAUGAAGAGACGUCAUUAAACGAUAUUUUUUUUCAUCCCAAAUUUAAAAACGUCAUAGGGGUUUGUGAUGAUAAUGGUUAUAUGAGUCUCUAUGAUGUAAGAAUCAAAAAUUUUUUUUCCAAAGCAGAGAUCAAUUUUAAAGAACACAAUGCAGCUAUGAAUACUUUUUCUUUUGAUACUUUUUCUGAACAUACUUUUUGCUGUGGAUAUGCAGAUGGAUUAAUUUCUAUUUGGGAUUUGAGAUAUGAUAAGGAGUCUCUCCUUCAGCUAGAUUAUCACACACAGAGUAUUAAUCGAAUAAAAUUCAGUCUGAUGCAGUCAGGUAUUUUUGGAUCAUGUUCAGAUGAUGGCACAGCAUGCAUUUGGGAUAUUUCUAGGAACUCUGCAGAUUAUGGAAAGGUACAAAAACUGGAGGACGAUAUUUACAAUAACUCGAAGAAGAUCCCAAAGCAGCUGCUCUUCGUUCAUGGUGGCCAUGUUGGAAGUGUGUAUGACCUUGCUUGGGCCAACAGCAACACCUUGUUGGUGGCCACAGUGGGUGUGGAUAACUCCCUUCAGGUGUGGCACAUGAACGAGCAGUUCUUGUUUCAGGCGUAUGACAGCGAAAACGCCAACGUAACUUCCCGAGCCAAUAUCAGCAUUGCAACUCGCCUGCUCCAGUAA